AGUGCAACCCCAAGGUGUAGCUAUAGCCACUGACACGCAGGGUAGUAAGGGGUGCUUGGUGUCACCUGCCAUCCAGGCCGGAGUGUUCAAUGUCCUGAGUUACCCGGUGUCGGGGACAGAGGGGGAGAGAUCCUCAAGCAUGUGGCAAGGUUCCAGGCGCUGGUUUGCACUGGUUGGGAGGACUUUUCCUCGCUGGGUGGGGCGUCAGCUCCUAUUUUAGGUUGCAAAUGUCUUUGCCUUCUGGGAGGAACCUCCUGCUAGUGGCAGCACACUUCUGCAAGAAAGCUCUGGAAUCCCUCAGACUCACACACGUCACUCCUCCACCUCAGACAUAGGUCCAUUUGGAUUCUUCUAGGUCACAUGGUCCAACCAUAGCCCGCUUAAACAUAGUGUGUGGCUUGGACGACUCCAGGCCGAAUCCUGUUUUUCCUUAGGAACUGUGGGCGUCUGUGCCAGCCUGUCUUUGGCAAGAGUGGAGCAGUGGAGGGGAGACUGGAUGAACACAGAGCAUGCCCUAGCCUCGUGGCAACCUCCCAUUGCUGACGGAGACUUGUGUGGACCCCAGGGCCUGGCACAGAGGCUGACACUAGGCCUGCGUAGCACAGGUAUCUCCUGCUGGGUCAGUCAUGUGGGCCGGUCAUGUGGCGACAAAGCAUAUGCUUCUGUUGCAGGUCUGACAGCUCUCCUGAAGAUGGACCGUCACAACAUGUCCUGGGUCCGCUACCCGAGCCAUGUGUCCCCAGCUGUGGAGGACGUCAUCGCAGCACAGAGCGUCAUUUCUAGGUGCACGCAUGUGUAUGUAGCAGUGUGUGUCCCACUGAGCCUAGUGACUGGGCUCUUCAGUCUGAGUGUGUUCAUCCGGGGCUGUACUCGGCUGGGGGUGCUGGACAGGUUCCUUGCGGGCCUCACGGUCACUAGCAUCUUGGCGACUCUACUGUCCCUCAAUGCUGCUAGCCGGCCCGACUACAUGUACACGACACAUCUGGGCUGCGGAGCGCUCUCUUUCUUCUCCAACGUCUGUUACUUCACAGCCCAGCACCUGCAGGGAGCCAUGCUCAAACUGUCCCUUCUGCCGGGAUCUUCGGGCUGCCGGCUCUUGGCGAGGCCUGUGGUGAGCCUCGCUGCCAUCGGGGGCUGUGCUGUCUGUAGCUCACUCAUCCUGGUGUCCCUGCUGGGCACAUUUGGGGAAUUGCACACAACUACCAUGUGCCAGGCAGAUCCACUGACUGCAUGGCCCGAAUACGAGAUUGUCAAGUUCAGCCUGGGCUUCGCACUUGCUCUGAGCUUCCAGAUGGUUCUCUUCUUCCUGCGUGCCACACAGCCAGCCUGGCGGGUGGCACCUGCUCAGAGGGAUAUUACAGACUCUGGGCGCUGGGUGGUACUGGCCGUGGCUCUCAACAUGUUUGCCUGUAGACUCUUCUUCAAUGCGGUCCUCCUGCAUCGGGCCCGGCUGAAGCUGUGGAAGGAUGUGGGUUCCCCAAGGGAUGAACUGCUCAUGAACCUCGCAGAGCUGGUCCUGUCCGGAGAGAGCUGCAUCAACUCGGUGGCCAUCCUCCUUCUCCACACACCGUGCAGACUCGGGUUGCUGGGCCUCUUUGAGCACCUCACACAGCGAUGCAGGCAGGGGCUGGACAACAGCAUGCCCUUGAACAGAGUAGGGGGCUAGACAGGGCCUGCCUGCUGGCACAGGCCACACCCCUUCCUGGUGUUCAGGGAAGACUGCCUUCGCAGAGAGCUUGAACCGGGUUCAAGUGUUUUGGAGGGCGCUUACGGAACAUUAACUUGCCUGUAUUCACCUCAACCUAUGCAAAACAAGACAGUUUCUCUUCCGAGACCCACAGUCACAACUUGAGGGACACAGUGACAUGGGUACAGAGGCUGAC